AUGACCACAGUAUUCAUAACAGGAGCCAGCGGCUACAUCGGCGGCGACCUUCUAUCAUCCGAAGCCGCGACAGCGGCCAGAAAAAUCAAGGCACAAUAUCCUACUGUCGAGAUUAUACAAGGCAGUCUCGAUGAUUCAGAGACGCUGGUCGCAGAAAGUGCUAGGGCCGAUAUCAUCAUCCCUGACUUUACCGGUAUGAAAGACACUGCCGAUGCUGCUGACCACCUUGGCGCAGCCAAGGCAAUAGCCCAGGGUGCUCUAGAAGGACACACUGAAGAACAUCCCGUCUAUUGGUUGCAUACCAGUGGUGCCGGGAUCUUCUCGUUCUUAGACACCGAGACCAAGGACAUUAAGGAGAUUGUGAACUUCCCUGACCACGCGUUCCACCGAGAUGUGGAUAAAGCGGUGUUUGAGGCUGGAUCGGUGCGUCCAGAAGUCCUGAAGACUGCUAUCAUAUCCCCGGUAACUGUUUACGGUCAAGGCCGAGGACCUUGCUCCCAACGCAGCAGACAGAUAUAUGAGCUAGCCAAACUGACCAUCCAACGACAGAAAGUUCCCAUAAUCGGCCGGGGCCUCUCAUUCGGGACCGAUAUCCACAUUUAUGAUUUGACCAACCUAUAUGUGAUUCUUUUCGAAAGGGCCCUUUCGAAGCAAGAUGAUGGGCUUUGGGGUCCGGAGGCAUACUACCUCUGUGAGAAUGGGGAGCAUUGCUGGGGUGAGCUGGCCCGUUCAAUUGGACGAAUUUGUGUGGCGGAAGGAUUCAUCCCAUCGGCCGAAGAGGAGGCUUUCGGCUUCGAGGAGGCACAAAAAUGGGCAGGCUAUGAAGCUGCUAGUUGGGGGCUAAAUUCACGGUGUCGGGCCAGUCGUGCCCGUCUAUUGCUGGGGUGGCAGCCGUCUGCGCCAUCGUUGGAAUCCGAGCUUCGGGAUAUCGUGAAGGGGGAAUACCGACGCCUACAGGAGGCGGAAAGAGAUGCCUGA